UUCUAGCAGUCGAGCCCGGUUCGAAUUUUCAGACCCCGUCGUUCCCCCUUUAACCUCUGGCCGGUGAGAUCCUUCAUCUGCGCGACGGCAAACCAGCCCCUUUGUCGAGAUACCUCGCCGGCGACCUUUGUCCCACAGCAGUCCUCCUUCGCGAUCGCCGAGAAGCAGGCCCGUAAUUUUUUCAGUAAGCCGCAGCAGCUCCUUGCCGGUUUGUUUUCGAGCAGCCCGUAAAUGCGAGGGGAGCCCGAAAUAGCAGCGGCAGCCUUUUGGGCCCGUGCGGGAGGAGCAGCGGCACCCCGUCGACCGUCCGUUUCGUAACAUCAGGUUGCAGCGGCCACGUGAACUGGGUAGCAACUCAUCGGACCUUCGUUCGACAGCCGUUCUUGUUCUUCACCUGGCCUGUUUUUUGCCCAAGUACCGACAACCGUCCCGCCGUCGUUCGAGCCACCACGGACAGAAGCCCUGAGCCGAGGAGAGCCCCUGUUCAUGCCCGUACAGCCACCUAUAGUCGUCGCAAACCCCAGCCACGAGCAGUACGUGGCCAGACCGCAGGCGUUCAGUCGAGUCCCGUUGUGUUCGAGAGGCCAGCAGUGAGUAUUGAGUGCCCACACCUCAUCAAGAAAACUGCAAAUGAAUUCAGCCCCAAAAACGCCUCUUUUCUGCUUAAAAUGGCAAUGGGAUGCUAACAACAGUAACAACGAUCCUCAGAAAAGUCCCUUAACCCCCACCAACAAUCCCUGCUCUUUGGAUACCCCUUGGCUUUUCAAAUCGGUCAAGAAUUUAACCGUUGCGGCCCUCAAUUUGGUCGAUUUUGCAGUUCUCCAAAAAGGCCUUUUUGCAUCCGAUCAAAAGAGAAAUGUUUUGAGCCCUCAAGAGCAAGGAGAGGCGGAGAACAGGGCAUUUGCAGGCGCUCUAGCGAGCGGGAAAGGUGCUACGGUCAUUGAGUUUUACUCUCCAAAGUGUGGACUCUGUAAUUCUUUGCUGGGUUUUGUGAUGGAGGUUGAAAAGAGGAACUCUGAUUGGCUUAACAUCGUUAUGGCUGAUGCAGAGAAUGAUAAAUGGUUGCCUGAGCUCCUCCAUUACGACAUCAAGUACGUACCAUGUUUUGUGUUGCUAGAUAAAAACGGGAACGCACUUGCAAAGACUGGCAUUCCAAGCAGCAGACUCCAUGUUAUAGCAGGUGUUUCCCAUCUUCUCAAAAUGAAACCACCUCAGAAAAAUUAGUAACAAAUGUCUAUCUAGGUUUUGGUAUUAUUAUGUCGACGUUUGAAUUGACUAUAUAAGAUGCUCUCUUCAGGAAUUGAAGUUUUUCAUUAUAACAUAUGAUGAGUUGCUAGUUACUGAAACGAUGUUAAUCUUUGAGUUUGGUAUUGCAUUGUCAACUUGUUACAACUUCAAUGGGGAUUCAGAUUACGAAUUUUUAUAACCUGUAUUUUGCAAUGACAAAUGACACUUGAAUUUAAAUGCAUUGAGUCCACAAUUCUAAUCACUCAGUUGAAACCUCCAGACAAAGUUGGAACUCCAACGUAGAUGAUUAUGGGUAAAUCACAACCAUCAAAGAUUUGCACCCAAAAAAUAUACCACACCAAAUACAAGUAAUUGAUACAGAUGAUUGCGUGCCAUUGGUGCAAUGAUAAAUUAUAUAAAACCAUAAAAGCAUGAAACCUCACCUAACCAUGUAAAGAAAUCAUAAUAAGCUCGAUCAUAGCUUGAACCCUCGAAUGAUGUUCCUAGCUUCUUCAAGCACGUGCGUAUGACCAACAUUUGUCGCCCAUAUAUUCAGCAAUGUUGGAAUCGCCAUAUCCAUUUUAGUUAAGUUCUCUUGCAACCAGCUACAAAGUUUUGCAUCCAUGAGGCUGGCAUCAAUAGUC